CAUUCAUUCCGAGGACUGCAGACGGCAAGCAGUUCAGCUGUAAAGAGUUUUUGCCAAGACUGUAAUGGAUCGCUGGAGAGGCAGAGUUGUUCUUGUCACUGGAGCUUCAGUGGGAAUAGGAGCUGCAAUCGCAAAAUCUCUUGUCCAGCAUGGCAUGAAGGUGGUCGGAUGUGCCAGAAACGUGGAACAAAUUAAGAAACUGGCGGCUGAAUGUGUCAGUAGCGGAUACAGCGGUGCUCUGUUUCCAUAUAAAUGUGAUCUUUCAGUAGAGGAUGAAGUGUUGUCCAUGUUCUCCUGGAUCAAGGCUCAACAUAAGGGUGUUGAUGUGUGCAUUAAUAAUGCUGGUUUAGCUCUGCCAGAGCCUCUGUUGAGUGGCAAAACCAGCAGCUGGAGGACUAUGAUGGACGUCAAUGUCAUGGCCCUGGCAGUGUGCACACGUGAGGCUUACCAGUCCAUGAAGGAAAGAAAAGUCGAUGACGGCCAUAUCAUUAAUAUUAACAGUAUUUGUGGACACCGUGUGCUUAACUAUGCUGAUGGACACUUCUACACCGCUACUAAAUACGCAGUGACCGCCCUCACAGAAGGUUUGAGACAAGAGUUACGAGAGGCCAAGACACACAUACGUGCCACAGGAAUAUCUCCUGGUAUAGUGAAGACAGAAUUUGCCUACCGACUCUUUAGUGAUGACCAAGAAAAGGCUGCUGCUAUGUAUAAUAGUGGUGAGUGCCUGCAAGCUGAUGACAUAACCAAUGCAGUGGUGUAUGUUCUAAGUGCUCCUCCUCACGUCCAAAUCGGUGACAUCGAGUUAACGCCUGUGGACCAGUCGAUGUGACGUGACCAAUCCAGCUAAACUGACACAUUGUGACAGCGAUCAAGUACAGAACACUGCUCCGUCACACACUGAAAUAUGAAAAUAGAUCAUUACUGUUUAACUCAUUAGUACAGUUACUAACAAUGUGCAUUUGCUACUACUAUUUAGAAACAAAUAAAAUGGAGAUUUGGAAUAUGUGCCUUUGAUGCUCUUUUAAAUAAAAGCAAAACAAAAUAUCA